GUAGCGGUUUGCCGGUUACCUGCAGAAAAUCACAUUGCCUUUGUUUCUCCAACUUUUGUCUUUGUUACAGAUUCUGAGAAACAUGAUAUAGUAUUUCUUAUUGAUGGAUCAUAUGACUCACGCGAUGGUUUUGAAGAGAUACGAGGCUUUGUUGAAAAAAUGGUUGAAAGUUUAAAUCUAGAUGAGAACAGAGACCGAGUGGCUGUUGUUCAAUACAGCCGUGAUGCCACAGUCAAUUUUUACCUGAAUUCCUACUCAUCCAAGAACGAUGUGCUCAAUUCCAUAAGAACAAUAAGGCAUAAGUUGGGGAGACCCCUCAACAUUGGCAAAGCACUGGAGUUUGUCAGAGACAAUGUCUUUGCUGCUUCAGUUGGAGGCAGACGUGCAGAAUCAGUCCCUCAAUAUCUGUAUGUAUUUAGUGGUGGAAGAUCAGGGGAUGAUGUCAGAGGACCAGCACAAUCUCUCAAAGGAAAUGGGAUAAAGACUUUUACUUUUGGAACAGAGAAUGCUGAUACGUUGGAAAUGCAAACAAUCUCUUUCACGCCAGCACAUAAUUUUCAUGUUACAAGCUUUCACAAUCUGCAAAGCAUCCAUCCAUCUGUAAAAGCUACAUUGAGCGGUGCUCAAGAAACAACUGACAUUCCUGACACUUCCACAAUUCCAGAAUUAGAACUCCAGAGUGCCGAUGUUGUUUUUCUCCUUGAUGGUUCUGAUGAUAUGCGAGCAAGUGAAAGACAAAUUUUGGAUUUUGUCAAAGAGCUUGUCAUGCAACUAGAAAUUGGGCCAAACAAAGUACAAAUUGCUUUGAUUCAGUACAGCACAGAGCCCACAACUGAUUUUCUCCUGAACACUCACUCACUAAAAGACGAUGUCUUGAGUCACUUGAACAAUGUGAAACUGAAAGGAGGAUUCACUGUGAACACAGGCGUAGCCCUUGAUUAUGUGAAGAACAAUGUGUUCACUGCUUCAUCUGGAGGCAGAGCCCAGCAGGGAGUCCAACAGAUACUGAUUCUAUUAAGUGGGAGAAAGUCAGAAGAUGACGUCUUAGGUCCAGUGGACAGACUGAGAAAUGCUGGAAUUGUCAUUUUCAGUGUUGGAGUGAAUGGUGCAGAUAGGCUGGCGAUGGAGCAAUUAGCACACAGUUCUAGGGUGCAGUAUUUAAUCAAUGAUACGUCUGACUUUCUUCUUGUAAGACAACAGUUGCUCUCAGACAUUGCAUCUCACAAAGGCACUGUCAGCCCUGGUGUAGGUGAGUAACAAAUAAAUAUUAAUUAAUUUAACUUUAUACUUUAUCUUCAAUGAAUGUUAUUACUAGGCACAUCUAAUAAAAUCUGUAUAUAUUCAAACCCUGUAAACUGCAUGUAUUUCAGAAAAUCAGAUUUCUGUGGAAUUGUUAACUAACACAAUUUACAUGAAUGUGGAAUUUUCUAGGUUCAAGCUCCAGUAUGAAUAGAGAUAUUGUCUUUCUCAUUGAUGGAUCUGAUGAUGUCAGGAGUCGAUUCUCUGCUAUAAGUGAAUUUGUUGCAAAAAUUGUUGAGAGCUUUGACUUGAACCAAGGAAAAGAUAAAGUUGCUGUUGUACAGUAUAGCAACAAUGCUGAACUCAAUUUCAAUCUGAAUACUUACAACACAAAAGAUGAUGUUCUUAAGCAUGUCGCAAGCUUAAAACCAAAAGGCGGAAGGCCUCAGUAUAUUGGAGCGGCACUGCAGUUUGUGAGGAAUAAUGUCUUUGUUUCAAAUGCUGGAGGCCGACAUCAUGAAGGUGCCAAGCAGAUACUUGUUAUGUUGGCUGGUGGGAGAUCUAGAGAUUCUCCACGAGGCCCAGCAAGUAUGCUCAAGGCUGCAGGGGUUAUCAUAUUUGCAAUUGGGUCAAGAAUGUCAAAUUCAGCUGAGAUGCAAGUCAUAUCUUCUGACCCAAAUCAUGCUUACUCAGUCCCUGAUUUUGUAAAUCUUUCUGGUAUUCAACAAAGUUUGAUGAGUCAUCUUACUCAAAUGGGGGAUGAGAAGGAAACUA